AUGGCCCUCGUAGCAGUUGCUGUGUAUGGCGCCGACACUUUCACUGCCGUCAAUCUCCUUGCAUACGACAAAUGGUCUUCUCAGAUUGAGCCUAGCAUCCCUCUGAGGUACUCGAAAUGGAUCUUUGCCGCUUGUAUCAUGUUCUCAUGGGUUCUCUGCAUCUUCGAGUGGGUGCGCGCCAUCCGCGUCAUCCGCAGAGGCAGUGUUGCCGAGAGCUAUAUGGACUCGGUUGCCGUCACACUCCAGUCAAUGCGACCGAACGGAUGGAAGCGCUUUCUCGUAUUCGCCGAGUUGACCAAGAGUAAGAAGGGAGUCGACUACGUCGCGCUGUUCGUCUACUUCGGCUUCAAAGGUGCCGUACGCAUCAUAUUCGCCGAAGGCCCUCGUCAGGUUGUCAAUGCCAUCACUCUUUACUCAUUCAUGCAAACGGAUCUUAUCCCUAUGGGCGACCACGCCGCAACAGCGAACCACACCUCGUUUGAACAGUUCUGGAUCAAUGUGGAAACCCUGGCCGAGUCAAAUCGCGAACAAGCCGUCGUUCUCUUCACCAUGCUGUUCACCCUCGUCAUCUGGGUCAUCUCGGCCCUCUGUCUGAUCAUUGCCGUCAUCCUUUACCUGGUCUUCUUGUGGCACUACAUACCUCAAAGCGAUGGCCGAUUGAGCAACUACUGUCGAAGGAAGAUUGACCACAGGCUGGAGAAGGUUGUGGGUCAAAAGGUCAGGCAAGCAUUGGAAGAGCAAGAGAAGAAGCAGGCACAAAGCGAGGCCAAAGCAGCAAAGAAAGCCAACCAACUUCCGAGCAGAGUGCAGGUCAACCGCAAACCGACUCUGCCUCAAGUUGGCGCUCACACGCCCGACCUUGACUCGAAGAGCGACUUUGGUCUUCCAAGACAGGAUGCCGAAGACCGUCCUGCUCUGCCACCCUUGCGCACUCUCACCGAACCAGCGUUGCAUCGCGAACAAACCCCGCCCAGCCUCAACGCGAUCAGACCUCCUACUCGUACUCACACAGCACCGCCAAUGGCAACGCAUCGACAGCCGCCGUCUUCUAAUCUCAAUUCCAACAGUCGUCCGUCUAUUCCUUAUCGUUCAGACACCGAAACGUCUCUCGCCUCUAACGCCACUUAUGCUUCGGAUGCUUCGUUACUUGGAAAUGCCAAUGACAUGGGAUACAGUGACAGUGUAGACUACUAUCCUACACAGCCAAGGCCUACAUUUGACAGAUCGACAUCAUAUGCUUCUAGGCCGAUGCAGCCACCUUUCGACCAUCUGUCCGGGUAUGCAGACCAACCUUGUCCCGGUAGAAGCGCAACCGUGGGACCACAACAAUCUCAAAGAUGGAGAUACGAUGAUUUAGACGAGCAGCCAGAAUAUGAAAGAGACACGACUUCAGCGCCAAUGAACUAUCCGCCGACCCGAUUCAUGACUCCUUAUUCUCAAACCACGCCCACGCAUCAAGAGAGGAUGGAAUAUGACGAUGAGGAGAACACUGCGUUGCCGCAGCAAAGACCGCAACAGAACUUUCAAAGAUCAUAUACUCCUGGAAUCAACAAUGAGUUGAGCUUUGCCUCGCGUCAUGCACCUGAGCCUGAGAUCCAGAGCUUCGAGAUGCAACCACGGACAGCAGUUAUGCCAGAGCCCUUCGAGCGUUCGGCUUCUGCAGCAUCUGGAGGCUAUGUUGCUUUCAACCCCUCAUUGACCCUUGCAGCCGCUGCGCCNUCGUUCACUCCGCCAGACCGCAGCAUCACGAGUCCUCCGGAGAUUGCAAGACCCUCAUUGGCAGCCGGACCCCAACGUAGUGCUACGGCUCCUCCGGAAGCCUACGAUGGACUGAUCGACGAGUAUCGCCCUAGACCCCAAAACGACCGUCGUGAUAUGUCUGGCAGAAGCGCUACAGCGGCUCCCAGUCAACGGCAUGUACGGCCAAUGAGGAGUGCUUAUACUGCUCCUUAUCAACCGCACGAGAUUCCAGGCAGAAGUGCAUCUACCGCGCCCUACCAAAUGUACGAGAGUCCAAGUAGGAGUGCUUCUACUGCUCCUUACCAACAAAUUUCAAGCAGGAGUGCAUCCACCGCUCCACUUCAACCGUUGUACGAGACGCCAGCUCGAAGCGCAACCGAGACCCCCAGCCAACGAUCUGUAGUCCCUACCAGGAGCGCAACUGCUGCUCCUCGUCAGCCAUACGAAGUUCCCGGCAGAAGCGCAACCGCUGCUCCUCAACACUAUCGCUCACAAGAAUGGUGA